CCGUAGGUAGGCGAGGCUGCCGUUAGAGAGCACGCACGGAUCGAUCUAUCGAUCGAUCGAGGUAUAUGUCGUGCACGCAGCCGAACUCAAUGCCUAGCAAGCUUAGUUCGUGAAGCGCUCGAUCGACCGGGCAGUGAGCUGGUUGCGAGCAAGCGAGAAUCGAUGGCCGCCAUAGCUAGCGUGCUCCCAGCUCUUACCCAGAUCACCUCCUCUGCCUCCACCGCCAACUGCGGGCUCACCCGAAUGCGCAGCUUCACCGGCUCUUUCAACGACCAGACCAGGCUGCUGCUUGCCCCCGCGCCCGCGGCCCCGCCGGAGCAGGAGCCCACCUCUCCAUCGGCAGCAGACGAGGCGCGUGCGCCGGGCACGUUCGACAUCGAGGCGGCAACGCCCGCGACACUAGACGAGGGCGGCGGCGGCGGCGGGGCCGGGCAGGGCCACCACGAGCCGGCCACCCAGGACGCGGAGUCGAAGCGCGUGGCCAAAAGCGUGCACACCGUCUGCCUCUUCGUCGCGUCCGCUUCGCUGGUGCUGUUCGCCAACCUCCCAGGCACGGACGACGUCCCGAGCGCGAGCGCGAGCAAGCCCGGUGGCGCGGCGGCGGCGGCUGGGGGGCACGGGCGCGGCGGCGCCCUGUACAGCGCGGGCCUGGCGUUCAUCAGCCUCGGCUUCUUCUCGAGCCUCGGUCUCUCCAUGUUCUCGAUCGUGGCGAGGCCCGGCGAGGCGGCGGUGGCCGCGGUGCAGAAGUGGGGGAUGGUGGUGGCCGCCGCGUCCGUGCUCGUGGCGUUCACGCUGCGCAUGUGCAUGGUGCUCCCCGCGGCGUCGCUCUAGCAGCUACCUGGCGUACAGUUCUUCGUCCUCGUCCUUGUCGCCACGCCUGCACGGUGUGUGUCGCUCUGGAAGUUGUCGGGGUCGGGGAUGGACGGUUGCCCGAGCUCUGAGCCAUCGAGCAGUGCAAGCGAUCGACUAGGAAGUGGACGUUGGACAGUUGAGUAUUAUUAGCCACGGUGUUUAAUUUCAUUCACCAUUCCAUUUGUGCGUGUGUGCGUGUGUGGGCAGCGGCGGAUGCAU